CAAUAAACUAUGCCUGAGACCCUGCUGUUUUGGACAUGCACGUGGGCUUAUAAAGAUGCCUGCCCAGGCCAGGGUGAGUUAGAAAGUGCACCUCUGGGGUGCAUGAGAUUGAAAAGAACGUGCAGAAUACUUAACCGUGAUGGAAAAAUGAAUGGUAUUUUGAAGCUAGUUGAUAGAAUUAGAUCAGGCAGUGUGACCAACUUAACCCAGAACGUUGGGAGCCAUACAAGAUGGUGCCAUGUAAGAUUUUGUCAUGGUUGCGAAAUCUGGGGACAUAGUGAGCCUUACCAGGGUACAAGUACUAUAUACUAUAAUAAUUGGUUAUUUCAUGGUGGAAAACACGUAGACUUUAAAACAGUAGCAGUAGAUGGACCUUGAGGACGCGAUGCUCAGUGGAAUAAGCCAGUCACAAAAAGACAAAUACUGUGUGAUCCCACUCACAUGAGGCACCUAGAGUAGUCAAGUUCCUAGGGACAGAAAGUAAAAACGUGGGUGUCAGGCUGGGGAUGGUUAUGAGGAGUUGGUGUUUAAUGGGGACAGAGGUUCAGAUUUGCAAGAGGAAAAAGUCCUGGAGAUGUUUCACAACAAUGAAUACACUUAACACUACUGAACUAUACACUUAGAAAUGAUUGAGAUGGUAGAUUUUAUGUUAUGUGUUUUUACCUUAAUAAAAAAAUAGCACUAGGCAAUCAAAAAUUUAAAGUAAGCAUAAUUCUAGAAAUACUUGACUGCCUUUGGGUUCUACAACAUCACGCUAUGCCUGAAAUCUGUGGUUUUAUACAUCCUAAUGAAAGUUAAACAUGUAAACCGACAAAAAGCAAAUGUAGUCUUUCCUUCUGAAGGGACAAAGGUUGCCCACUGCAGGCACUUCUUGGUUCUUCCUCGUUGUCACUGCUCCGCUGUUCUCAGUGACGCAGGCUCGCCCGCAUUCACAGGGCAGUGGUGGUGAAGGCCCGUCAGCGUCGCCAGGAAAAGCUGAGUUAGCCACAGCCUCUCUGGUCUCCUCAGUGCUCCUGGCCUUGACUCUUGCUCUGCUAUUUGUCUGUGAUAUCCCUCCUUUUUCCCUCUCCCCCACUAUUUGUUGAAGCCCACUAUACAAGGCGGCAUUUGGGGUUACUGAGACUAAUGAGAUCCAGUCCCCUCCCAGGGACCCCAAAUCCAGGGCAGGAGACAACCGUCAUCCACAUGGUGAAUGAGGCCAUGCCGGGACUUCCAAACCACAUGGGAUCCGUAAAGGAGCAUCCAGCUGUCCCAGAGGCAGGGAAGGCUUGGGCUUGGCCUCUAGAGGUAGGUGGAGGUCAGUUAGGUGGAGCAAGGGAUCGAGUCAUGCCAGCCAGCGGGAGAACAGCAGGCCUGAGGAAGAAAGUGGCCCUGUGGGGGAAAGCUAAAUCGCUGUGUGUGUGUCAGCCGCCUCUGCUGGGCUGCGCUGUGGGGACAAAGUGGUUUAUAACACCAGAUAACAGAGGCUUAGAACAACAUAAACAGAGGCUUAUUUCCAUGUCCGCUGGGCCCAGACACAGCUCUGCACCACGAACUCUUCCUUCUGGGAUCCAGCUGAAGGACAGCCUGGCAUGCAGACCAGCCCUGCUGUUCUUGGGCAGAGAAAAAGCAAAGGCAGCCCCUCUUGAUGGCCCUUGAAUCAGCCUCUCCUAGGAGUGGCACGUGUCACCUCCACCACACUGCCAGGCUGGUGUCCUUGGGGGGAGUAUAAUCCCCUCACAGGGAGGGGCUGUGCAGGUACGGACCCAUGACUCAGUCUACUGUGUCAGAUGGGAGAGACAGGUGGGCAGCAAGGAUGGGGCUGGCAUAUUAUCUGUAGCUAGGAGCCAUGGUGUGGUUUCUGCUCUGCAGUUGUGGGCACAGAGGCUUCAGCAGGGAGGUGACAGGGUCAGGUUUAUGGUUUUUUCUUGCACAGCAACCACAGAAGAGGGAAGAAAGUACGGAGUAGAGACACAUGCCCUUCCAUGCUCCCCUAACAUUGCAGAGGGCAGAUUGGGAUACAGGGGAUGGAGGUGGGGAGCAAACCUAGCAGAACACGAACACAGCAGCACAUGCACUCAGAGACCAAGGCCCAGUCUACCCUGUGACCGUGGGAACACACCCACUCAGCCACUGCGGGGAAAUUCAGGAAAAGAGAAAUCAGUGAGGGCCACCCACUCGGCAUACUGACUGUCCCCUGCUCCCCCAGCCUCCUUGUCUUUGCUGGCAGCAAUGUUGGGGAGAACGGGACCCCACCAGGUGGUCUGUGAGCCAGUGCCCUGGAUGUGUGGGCCUGGCACUGUUGUCUCUGGAGUCCAUGUGCUAACGGUAGCCUUCCUUUCAUGCCUCGGAGGUUUAGUAGCUCAGGCCUGUGUCCGUCCCUCUUGCCCCAUGACCACAGCCCGAAGGCUGCGCGAGCCUGCUCAGGUUUAGGACAGCCUGGGCUGAGAUGCUCAGUUUCACCUGCCUGAGUGAGGGGUGGGGAGCGAAGCUGGUCUUGCCUGAGGCGGGGCCCCGAGGACAAGGUGUCUAGAGUUGCUGCCAGGGAAGGGGGUGGCGUCUGAGUGUUCUGGGCCUGAUGGGCCUUGGCGCAUCCCUCCUGUAGGGCCCAUCAUGGCUCCUCGGCCCGUUGAGGUGUCAAUGGACAGCUGUAAACAGGGUCCUAUGACAAUGGAACACGAAGGGGACCCUCUAAGUGGUCCUCAUUCUGCAGGCCGUGGUCAUGCCCAUUGCAUCCCAUUCCCAGGCAGACUUUGAAUCUUUGGAUGCACCAGACUGGCAAGCGGUUUUGAUGGCCUGGGAGCAGCUGCUAGGCCUCCCUCUGUGGCCCUAGUCACAGGUGGAUUCCGUGAAGGCCUGGCUCUGCUGCAGGGAGCACACACAGCUCGGUGUGGCCUGAGCCCAGCGACCUGCCCUUUGGGUGAACUCUCUGAAGCAGGGUCCGAGUUGGGCACAGAUUUUAGUAAAUGGCUUUAAAAAUGCUCCACUCCUCAGUGAAAUUUCUCACCAGAACACUUGGGCAGCCCUUGCUGGUUCAGUUUCUACCUGCAUCGUAGCCCUGGGCCUCACCCGGACCGCCCAUGGACAGGCUCCUGGCACAGUGAGAGCCUUUCCAGGAAAGCCGGGGUGGAUCACGUCUGAUCAGUCAUCAGAUGUGCUGAGUGAGUGAGUGAGGCACUGCCAGGUUUCCUGCUCUUUUUGCCUUUUCCCUUCAUAUUCAGAAGCUCCCAGGAACCUUCUGUUAGAAUCGUGAGCUUCCGGAGCAGCAGUGGCCCCAGCCCCCAUUGCCAAUGGAUGUGUGCAGUUGGGAAAGCAAACGGUGCAUUCUGCGAUCUGCUCCAGUGCACCUGUCCUGUGGCGGGCCUCUGUAACUUGAAAGUAGAAAUUCCCUCCUGUGCCAUGGGACUGCUGCACUCUGCAGAGGACGUGGCCGCAGAGCUGCUUCCUGGGACUGCCAUCACAUCGACCACUGUCACGAUGGGGCCCCCCAGCAGGGUGGCUGCAUCUGCUCAGACCAGCACCUGGAUUUCACAUUCUCUCACCUUGCCCAGCAGCUCCGACGGCCUUCCUCCUGGAGCUCACUGCACCCACAGCCUCUCAGCAUCCCAACCUGGUCCCAGGCAGCCCUGUCCCCUCACUCAGUGUCAUCCUGGAACCAUCCCAGUGCAAGGUCCUACUGACCAAGUGGAUCCUGUCACCCAUCGCUUACCAGAAACUGACACUCAGUCACCUCAGAGUCUGGGGUUCCAGAUUCAAAUGGCUUCUGAAGCAACUCUGUGUCUGGUGAUGGAUUUCGGAGACAGGUCUGGAGUUCGGAUGAGGAUCCGCAACGUGUCUGAGGAAAUGGCGGUUACCGCCUACCAUAAGUAUGGGAAAGAAGGAGUCUAUGUGAUCAGGGCAGUUAUUUACAAUGAGUUUUAUGGAACCGAAGUGGAGCUUGGGCCUUAUUAUGUGGAAAUUGGCCACGAGGCCGUGUCCGUGUUCAUGAAUUCCAGCAGUGUCCACGAGGAUGAACUUCUGGUCUUUGCCGGCUCCCACAGGGAUCAGAAAAGCACUGUGGUUAUGCAUCGUUUUCCGUCCUUUUCCUCAUAUAAUGUGUCCUUUACUUCUCAGACCCAAGUGGGUGACAGCCAGGCUUGGCCCAGCAUCACUGUUUGGUAUCAGAUGCAAUCUGUCUCUGUCUACACAAACGGGACUGUGUUCAGCACAGACACUGACAUCACUUUUGUAGCUGUUACCAAGGAAACAGCUCCCCUGGAGUUCGUGUGGUAUUUUGGAGAAGAUCCACCAGUGAGAACAACUUCCAGAAGCAUUAAGAAGAGACUCGGCAUCCCCCAGUGGUAUCGUGUGUUGGUUACGGCUUCCAACGGGAUUGGCAGUGUGGCGUCGGAGCCCCAUCACAUCAGGGUGCAGAGGAGAAUCGUUGCCAAUCGGCUCACAUCCGCCUCCUCGGCUCUGGUGAAUGCCAGUGUGACCUUUGAGUGCAGAAUCAACUUUGGCACCGAUGUUGCUUACCUGUGGAACUUUGGGGAUGGUGCUGUUGGCCUGGGGAACAGCUCUGCCACUCACGUCUACAGUAGGGAAGGAGAGUUUACCGUGGAGGUCCUUGCCUUCAAUAACGUCAGCUCUGCCUCCCUAAGAAAGCAACUUUUCAUCGUGCGCCAGCCCUGCCAGCCACCCCCGGUGAAGAACAUGGGGCCCGGGAAAGUGCAGGUGUGGAGGUCUCAGCCUCUGAAACUGGGAGUGACCUUUGAAGCUGAGGUUCUCUGCGAUAUCUCCCAAGGCCUUUCCUACACCUGGAGCUUCAUGAACUCUGUGGGGUUGCCAGUGCCCCUGCCCCCUGCUAUCAGCAGUCAUGGGAAGACCAUCACUGUCCCCAGCUACUUCCUGGAGCCUGGGAACUACACUGCACUUGCCAAGGUUCAGGUGGAAGGCAGCGCCGUGCACAGUAACUACUGUAUAGAGGUGGAGGUGCGGGCCCGGGCCCCCGUCAGUUUGAUCUCCGAGGGCACACACCUGUUUAUCUCCAGGACCCCCUCGGCCACCAUCGUCCUCAGCGGGUCCUCGUCCUAUGACCCAGACGAGCCUGGGGCUGCUCUCAGGUAUCACUGGAAAUGCACCGCAGCCAGCACCCCCGGGCACACCUGCUUCCCCGCCUCCGCUCCACGCGGCCUGCACGCCUCGGCCCCCACGCUUUCCUUUGCAGCGAACUCUCUCAGUGACAGCUAUGACCAAUUUCUUGUGACGCUGAUGGUGUCCAGCAAUGGCCGGACCUCGUCAGAGGCACAGGUGUUCCUGUCCACACGCCCCGACUUGGCGUUCAGAUUUGUCCACAUCUCCCGGGUCAAUUUUAAGGACAUCUUUGUUAACUGGAAUGAAGAACUUUCUCUUCAAGCUGAGUGUGAAGGCUGUGGUGAAAUAUCAAAUCUCUCUUACUCCUGGGAUCUGUUUUUAGUUAAUGCAACAGAAAAGAACAGUAUAGAAGUUCCCUUUUGUCGAACAGUGGGGCUGCUGGGAUCCUCAGAAUUUGGGGCCGUUUUGAAGUUGUCGGGGUCUAAUCUGCUGUCCCCGGAGCCACGCAGGGCAGAUCCCUAUGCAACGACCACUCUAUCCUCAUGGAAGCCGUGGCCGGAGACCCCGAGCCAGCCUGCCCUUUCAGCUGCGGGGAGAACCUCCACGGAGUCCACGGUCGGCAUGCACUGGGCUCCCGCUGCUGGUGACCCUGCAGCCCCAGGGGGGGCUCCCCGGAAUGAGGAGUCUCCAGGGCCCACCCCCUCUGGGAGAAGCUUGCCUCCACAGAGCCUGUCCCCUCACUCCCCUGAUUUUGAAGCCUAUUACAGUGAUAUCCAAGAAGCAAUGCCAUCCAAACGGAGACAGCCGGGUCACUGGACCAACAUCAACCUUCCAGGAUCAGGACCAAGUGCAAGUGCUGAUGGGAGCCGUGGUGACGGGGACAACCUGGUGGGCCCCUUCCUCCCCACUGUUAGUGCCAGGCCUGCGCUCUUGGUGGACUGGCCCAAGUCUGUGGUCAGCCGGGCUGUUUUCCAUGGCUACACUUCAUCUGGUAUCACAGAGAAAACUGUGACGAUAAAGCCGUACUCACUGAGCCCUGGAGAGACGUACGUCCUACAAGCCUCUGUGGGUUCAAAGCACAGUUUAUUAGGGAAAGCUCAGCUGUACUUGACGGUCAACCCAGCUCCUCAAGACGUGGCCUGUCAGGUGCAGCCCCAUCACGGCCUCGAGGCACACACCGUCUUCAGUGUCUUCUGCAUGUCGGGGAGACCGGACUUCCGUUAUGAAUUUAGUUACCAGAUAGGAAAUACCUCCAAACACACUUUGUAUCAUGGGAGAGACAACCAGUAUUAUUUUGCGCUGCCUGCUGGUGAGCCCUUGGACAAUUAUAAAGUCAUGGUGUCCACUGAGAUCACAGACGGCGAAGGCUCCCAGGUGCAGCCGUGCUCUGUGGCGGUGACUGUGCGGCCCCGUUUCCAUGGGAAUCACUGCCCAGGCGAGGACGUAUACAAUUCUAGCCUGAAAAACCUAUCCACCCUCCAGCUGAUGGGGAGUUACACGGAAACCAGGAACUAUAUCACCAUGAUCACCAGGGUCCUGAGUCGUUGGGCUAAGGAGGACAGAAGUCCCUCGUGUGGCCAGUGGUCACGAAUACAGGAUGCACUAAUUUCUUCAGUAUGUAGAUUAGCUUUCACAGACCAGGAAGAAAUGACUGAUUCUGUUUAUAUGUUGAGGGACCUCAUACGCUUCCCUAAGAAGUUAAGCUUCACAAGUGCCGUUCUCAUCCUCAAGUACACUCAGACUCUCCUCACUCAAAGCCAGUUCUCGGGGAGGUUCGUGGUGGACAAAGAGCGGAUGCUCGAGCUCAUCCUUCUCGUCUCCGGGGUCUUAGAAGUCUCUGACCAUGAGAAAACGAGGAAGGUGGACUACCUACGAGAAGAAGGAAUUAAGGUCAUCUCAGACUUAUUGUUAGGCUGCCUUUCUUCAAACAGCGAGCGUCAGCUCCACGUUAGCACCGGGCAGAUGGAGAUCCGCACGCUUCUUCAUCACGACCUGCGGAGCUCCGUACAGAGCCUGGGCCCUGUCCAGGUGCAUUUACCUGGAGAGCUGGCCGGGCAGAGUCCCGCUGGGACUGGAACGCAGAGCCCAUGCUAUGUUAGCCAGCUCAUGCUCUUCAAGAAGAAUCCGUAUCCAGGGGGACGAGCUCCUAGUCAGGUGGGCAGAGUGCUCGCCCUCUCCCUGUACAGCUGCUCCAGCAGAACACCCAUCAGCGGACAUCGGCUGAGGACACCCGUGACUGUGGAGUUCGGGGAGGAAGAUGGCCUGGAUAAUAGGAGAAAUAAAACAACAUUUGUGUUGCUUCGGGAUAAAGUGAAUUUUCAUCAAUUCAUUGGGCUUUCUGAAAACCCCCAGGAAUCUCUACAGAUAAGGAUAGAAUUUUCUAAGCCCCUUACAAGAGCUUUCCCGGUCAUGUUGCUGGUAAGAUUCUCUGAGAAACCUACUCCAUCUGAUUUUCUUGUGAAACAGAUCUACUUCUGGGAUGAGCAAAUUGUGCACAUUUACAUACCUGCUGUGUCCCUGAGAGACACCAACUUGGGGUAUUUAUCCUUAUUAGAUGCUGACUAUGACAGAAAACCUCCGAACAAAUAUUUGGCUAAGUCAGUAAACUAUGCCGUGCAUUUUCAGUGGAUCCAAUGCCUGUUUUGGGACACGAGAGAGUGGAAAUCUGAAAGUUUCUCUCCACAACCAGGAACUUCUCCAGAAAAAGUGAACUGCAGCUACCACCGCCUCGCAGCGUUCUCUGUUGCAAGAAGAAGGCUGAAUGCCAGUUUUGAAACAAGUGACAUUUCCAAGUUACAGGGACAUCCAGAAAACCUGCUUCCUGGUAUUUUUAUUGUAGUUUUUACUAUUCUUUAUGUACUUUUGGUUACUAAAAGCAGACGUGUAGAUCAUCAUGAAAAAAAGAAAACUGGUUACAUUUUUCUGCAAGAAAACGCUCCACCUGACCACCAGCUGUAUGCGGUUGUGGUGGACACAGGCUUCCGGGCUCCAGCCCGCUUUACCGCAAAGGUUUACAUUGUUUUAUGUGGUGAAAAUGGACUUUCAGAACCCAAGGAGCUCUACUGUGCAGAGAAGCCCCUCUUUGAAAGGAAUUCCAGACACACCUUUAUCCUGAGUGCUCCGGCUCCCCUGGGCCCCCUCCGGAAGCUCCGCCUCUGGCAUGACGGCCGUGGACACUCUCCCGCCUGGUAUGUCAGCCAUGUGAUGGUGAAAGAGCUGCGAGCAGGACAGGGACAGAGCUGGCUCUUCCCCGCCGAGUGCUGGUUGGCAGUGAGCAGGCAGGACGGCCGUGUGGAGCGGGAACUGGCCUGCCUGACCCGGGGCCUCGGCUUCCGCAAGCUUCUGUAUGCAAAGUUCACGGAAUAUCUGGAGGACUUCCAUGUCUGGACCUCCGUGCUCAGCCGGCCCUCCUGCAGCACCUUCCUGCACACCCCACGCCUCACCGUGGCCUUCACCUUGCUCUGCUCCUACUCAUGUCUUGCUGCCCUGCUCACUGCUGUAGGACAGGAGCAGCUCACGUUGGAUGUCGGCCCCUCCGAUGUCACUCUUGGGUCCUUCUGGACGGGUUUCCUGUGCACCCUUCUGGCUUCUCCAGGGGCACUGCUCUUGUCGCUGUUCUUCAGGCUCAGCCAGGAAGCCAGUGGGCCUCCCGGAGCAGAGCCGUGCUUGCCCCUGAGAGGAGUGCUGACAGAGGCAGCUCAGAGCCCUAAUUCAAGUAGAAGGAUGCCAGAUGGACAGAAGACACACAAGCAUAACGUUCUCUCUGGGAGUGCUGGAGCCCAGAGGAGGGCGGCAAGCGGUGAUAGUGCAUGCUGUCCGCCCCCUGAGCUGGAGGCCUGCAGGGCUGACCUUGGCCAGCUGGCUCCAAGGGAGAAGAGUGACCACUGCACUCUCAGUUUACAAGGGGACAUUGGUGCCCGUGGUGGUGGGUUUGAAGGACUCACUGCUCCCCGGUGGCCGAGGGGACCCCUGCCUUGGUCCGGCUCUGCAGCGUGGGUCCUUUGCGGGAUGGUGUCCAUGGCCUGUGGCUUGGGGACGGGAUUUCUAGGAUACAGGUUUAGCCCCAUGCAGUGUGUGCAGUGGCUGCGCCUGCUGACCCUCUCGGUGGUGUGCUGCGUCUUCGUCACCCAACCACUUAUGAUCGGCCUCGUGGCAUUGGGCUUUGCUGGGAGAAGGAAAGAUGACAAGCACUUCUUCACUGAGUCUUUACAUGAAGCUACCAAGGAUCUGGACUCUGAACUGGAAGAACUUUCCAGGACCCGCACCCCUCUUUCUUCAGGCUGCAGCGUUCCUGACUGUGCAAGUGAGAUUGAAAAAGUCUUGGCUGCCCGACGACAAGCACGCCGCCUGCGCUGGGCACGUCCACCAUCCACAGCCCAGCUCAGAAUGACCAGGGAGAGGAUGAGAAGAGAGAUGCGAACUCGAGAGGCGCUGAGAGACAUUAGCAUGUACAUCCUCAUGCUGCUCCUGCAUUUGUUUAUAAUUUAUGGGAAAUUUUCCAGGGAUGAAUAUUCUCUCAAUCGAGCUAUCCAGAAUGAAUUUACAAGAAAUACCCGGAGUUUCUUGGGUGGCCUGAGAAGCGUGGAUGACUGGUGGGACUGGAGCCUGACCACACUGCUAGAUGGCCUGUACCAGGAAAGCUCUUCUACAGCUGGCAUGCUGGGUGCUCAGCCUGGAGCUCUUGGAGGAAAGUGCUACCUAAUAGGCCCUUCAGUCAUUAAACAGAUGAAAGUUCCUCUUGGUAGUUUAUGUGAGCUUCCCAGCCCACCAUCAGGGCAUUUUGAAGACUCUCUUCCUACACCUAGCCCCACAGUUGGAAGCCCUGAAUCCCCCUCCAUGAUAGACCCAGAGAUUGAAGGAGUGGCCCCGAGUGGCCCCAGGGGCUGCAGGGAGGACUGUGCACUCAGCCUGGGCAGGACAAGGCCCGCAGCCCGAGCAGCCCUGGCCAGGCUCAGGGCCAGCAGAUGGAUCAACUGCAGCACCAGGGCCGUCUCGGUGCACUUCACCCUCUAUAACCCUCCAACCCGACUCUUCUCAAGCGUGUCCCUGAGUGCUGAGAUGCUCCCCACAGGGGGGCUCGCCCUCUCCUCCCUGGUGGAGUCCUUCCACAUCUUCCGCAGCAACUCAGCGAGGUACCGCCUCAUACUUCCCGAGCUGGUCUUCCUGGUGCUCAACCUGAUUCACCUCUGGUUUCAACUCUACGGCAUGACUGAGAAGGGCGUCCGCAACUAUUGGCGAAAACCGAGAAGCUGGCUGGAGCUCUCCAUAGUUGGAGUGGCCUUCGCCUACUACGCAGCCUCCGGACACCUGGGUACUCUUGCUGGGGAGGUGACCGACCAGUUCCACAAAGGGUUUUUCCAAGGGUUGGCAGACCUCAGUCAUAUGGCAUCAUGGAAUCAGAAGGCGAGAUGGCUCCAGGGAAUCCUUUCAUUCCUCUUGAUACUGAAAUGCAUUUAUCUCCCUGGCAUUCAAAACACAGUGAUGUCCUGCUCCUUCAAGAUGUGCCGCUCGCUCUCUAGCAUCUUUGCACCAGGGUUGGUGGGGGUCCUGAUGCUGGCUGCCCACAUCCACCUGUGCGGAUUUCUGCUCUCCACCCGGGCUCUCCCGUCUGGCAUCUUUGCAGACUCCUUCCACGGGCUGCUGGUUCAUUUUCCAGGAAGAAGCCAAAGACACACAUUCCUUGGCCUUUCCAAGUCUGACCGGCGGGACAUGGCUUGGUACUACGGGGCUUUUUUUAUAGCAGUGACCACUCUAUGGUUUGGAAUGCUGAGAGUUUUCCUCAUGAGUCUUGGCCAAAAAAGAAAAUCUUUUCCAAGCAAAUCUCUUGUGAGACUUAAAGAUGUGACUGCCUACAUGUGGGGGGAGACCUUCACCCUUCUGGGACUAGAAAGGCCAAAGUUGGAAGAGACUGAGAUGGUUCAGAAUCAUAAUUACUACCUGGAUGAAUUUGCAGAUCUGUUAGAUGAGCUUCUGUUGAAGAUUAAUGGUUUGUCCGACAGCCUACAACUCUCUUGUCUAGAACAACAAUCCAAUGAUACGGUGGAGGCCAGGGCAGAAGAUAGUCCCUUGGCGGGUGUUUCUGCUUACCAAGCUACUGGGGUGUGAGGAUAAAUCCAGUCUUCGUUACUCUGUCUUAUCUGGGGAAGCAGUUUAUUAAAAAGUUAUGAGCCAGCCAUUGCACUCCCAGGUAAUUACCCAAGAUAAAUGAAAGCAUGUGCCCUUACGAAGAUGUAUGCACCAGUGUUCAUCACAGCUUUAUUUGUAUUAGCCCAAAACUGCAAACAACGUGGUUCUCCAUCAACAGGUGAAUGAAUAAAGAAACUCUGAGAUGUGAUGAAAUACCACUCAGCAAUAAAAAGGGAUGAACUACUGAUACAUGCUGCAGCGUGGAAGAACUCCGCCAUACUUAGGCUGAGUGAAAGGAGCCAGACAGAAAAAGAGUGAUUCCAUUCAUUUAAAAUUCUAGGAAAUGCAAAUCAAUGUAUAGAGACGGAAACCAGAUCCUUGGCUGCCUGGGGCUGGGGGUUGGGGCUGGUAGAAGGAGGGGUGACAAGGAAGCAGAGGAAAUAUUUGGGGGUGAUGGAUAUGUCACUAUCCUGAUGGUGGUGAUGGUUGUACAGGUGUAUACAUACCAAAUAGUGCGCUCUAAACAUGUACAGCUUGUUGUUUGUCAAAUAUACUUCAAUAAA